AUGGCUGCUCCACUUAAUCUCGAAGAAGGUCAGUCGUCAACAAGACCUCCCCGUUUCAAUGGACAUUUCUACAGUUGGUGGAAAGUUAGAAUGCAUGAUUACCUCAUGGCUGAAGACAGCGAGUUAUGGGAUAUUGUACUUGAUGGAUCAUUUAUUCCGAUGAUGGAAGAAAAGGAUGGAGAGAAAACUAGUCUUGUUCUGAAGCCUAGACCUGAUGAGUUCAACAGGGUGUCAGCUUGUGAGUCUGCUAAGGAAAUUUGGGAUUGUUUGAAGACUGCUCAUGAAGGAACUGAACAAGUCAAAGAAUCAAAGAUUGACAUGCUUACCUCUCGGUAUGAGAACUUCAAAAUGAAGGAAGGAGAAACAAUUCAUGACAUGUUCACAAAAUUGUCUUCCAUUACAAAUGAGCUGCGAAGUCUUGGUGAACCUAUAAGCAUGAGCAAACAAGUCAGAAAAGUACUUCGAAUUCUUCCAAAAUCUUGGGAAAGCAAGGUUGAUGCCAUCACAGAAGCCAAAGAUUUGAAGGUGCUGACUAUGGAUGCUUUGAUUGGAAAUCUGAAGACACAUGAGAUGAAUCGAAAUUACGAUUCAUCAAAGAAGGAAGCUAAAAAGGACAAGUCAUUGAUGCUGAAGUACAAAUCAGAUGAAGAUUCCAGUGAUGAUGAUAUGUGUGGAAAAGCUGGCCACUUUAUCAGAGAGUGUCCUCUGCUCAAGAAUGAAAACAAGGAACAUCAAAAACCAAGAAGUGACAAAGAGAAGAGAAGGGACCUGGUACUCGGUAAGAGAGAUCGAAAAGCUGCUGCAGAUUUGGUGGUCAAAAAGGCUCUUGCUGCGUGGGGUGAUUCUUCAAGUGAUUCAGAAGAUCCUGAUGAACCAAAUGAUGUGUCUAUGGUGGCUGUACAUGAGGAGGAAACCAUUUUCAAUGAAAUAACGUUGGCAAAAGUCAUGAUUGAUUCUGUAAUUGAGUUAACAUCUGAAAGAGACACCAUGAAUGCUGAACUUGACAGUUUAACUGAAAACAAAGUUAAACUUGAAGAGAAAAUGUCAAGAAUGGUGUCUCUAGAGUCUGAUAAUUCUGAACUUAAGAACCAGAUGAAUCAGAUAAAUGAAGAAGCUGAAAAGCUAAAUGGAAUGUCAAAUGGUUUACAAGUUGAAAUUCAAGAAAAACUGAAAAACUCUGAGAAAAACCUUGGUCUGUCGUUGGAAAAGAGCAACAAAUUAGAAAAGGAUAUUGUCAAACUUAAGGAAGAACUUGAAAAAUCUCUUAAGUGGACAAAAUCCUCAAAGUUAUUGUCAAAUGCAACAAAAUCAGACAAGUAUGUGUUUGUGUCUGACAAUCUGCUCUGUCUUCAUUGUGGUAAGAAUGGGCAUUUAAAGGGAGAGUGUGCUGGCUGGAGAAAAUCCUAUGAAAGACUCUCUAAUUAUGCUGAAAGGCAAAAUUUACCAAAAGAGAGACCUGGUCCUCCAAAGAAUGUUUCAACUCACAGAUUUUCAAAGAAAAAAUCUGUCACUGCCCCAAUGUCCUUUGUUAGAAAGCUUCAAAAUCUACCCUAUUGGACUAAAUACAUUCUAAUCACUCCUUUGUCUGCCUUCUGGGAACUCAAAUUGAAACGGGUUCCCAAGCUAAACAAGUGA